GGAGGGAGCGCGUAUCCCGGCUCUCCUGAUCGCAAACUCGGAGCCAGAGCUCUCCGCGCGCGCCCCAGCCGCUGGCCGCCCGCGCAGCCGGACGCGGAACCCCGGCGCAGCGGGAGCCUUGCAGGACGGGCGCGGGGCGGCGGCGGCGGCCGUCCAUGCGGCGGGCUCGGGGCUGCCCGGCGCCGGGAACCACGCGGGGGCCAGGCAAGGCGGCCACUGGCCGCACCGGGACUCGGACCGCCAGCUUAACCUCUCCGAACUCCAGCUUCCUCGUCUCUGACACAGACUGAUGAUCCCCGUGCCUGCCGCGCGAGAGAGGAGGUGGUGUGUGCAGCGUUUGUUCACUCGUGAAACCGAGGCCUGCGCGAGGCUGUCAGCCCUGGGGCAUCUGUCCUCCUUAAGGAGAAAGGAACUGGUGUUCCUGCCUUACAGCCUUGGAGGGGGCAGGAGUUGAACAUCACCCCCACCUGCAGAAAAUUGGCAACAUCUCUGAGGAGCCCUUGCUUUUUCCUGGGACACCCAGGAUCAUGGUUUCCUGUGUCAUGGAGUCUCUCAGUGUCCUGGGUUCCCUCCUGCUGCUUGGACUCCAGCUCGUCUGCCCGCAGCCCUCCACUGAACACAGAAAGGUCCCGCAGCGGAUGGCUGUGGCCGAGGGCGCUCCGGAGGAUGGCGGUGGUGGGGCCCCGGGCGUGUGGGGCUCCUGGGGCCCCUGGUCCGCCUGCUCGCGCAGCUGCAGCGGCGGCGUGAUGGAGCAGACCCGGCCCUGCCUGCCCAGCUCUUACCGCACACGUGGGGGACCGCGACCUGGAGCCCCCGCGCGCGCCUUCGCGGGCCACGUGGUGUCAGCCGUGCGCACAUCGGUGCCGCUGCACCGCAGCCGCGAGGAGACACGCGCCCUUGCCGGCCUCAACUCCAGUCGCCAAGGCCCGGCGCUCCGAGGCAGCCGACACCCGCAGGCCCGGGGCCGCGAACCCACGGCGGAGAGAAGGAGCAGGAUCCGAGGUCCCAUCGGCCCUGGCAAGUAUGGUUAUGGGAAAGCCCCAUACAUCUUGCCAUUGCAGACAGACUCUGCACACCCACCCCAGAGGCUUCGGCGGCAGAGGCCCUCAUCCCGGAAUUCCAGGUCCCAGGGGGCAUCUGGCUCUAGUCAUGGCUACCACCCUUCAGCUCACCAGCACCCCCAGCAUGGACCUCUGUACCAGAGUGAGAGCGGCCCGCGUUCUGGACUGCAGGCCUCAGAGGGCUCUGUCUACCAGCUGCCUUUGACCCAUGACCAAGGCUUCUCUGCAGCCUCCAGUCUCUUCCACAGCCCAGAGGCAAGCAGCAGCCCUGGGCUGGGGGCCCCCAGGGCAGCUCAGAGCUUCUCCCAGCCCACCAGAUCUACAGCCAUCUCCUGCAUCGGGGCCUAUCGGCAGUACAAGCUGUGCAACACGAAUGUGUGUCCAGAAAGCAGUAGAAGUAUCUGGGAGGUACAGUGUGCAUCCUACAACAACAAGCCGUUCAUGGGCCGGUUUUAUGAAUGGGAACCAUUUGCAGAAGUCAAGGGCAAUCGAAAGUGUGAGCUGAACUGCCAGGCAAUGGGCUACCGCUUCUAUGUUCGGCAAGCUGAGAAGGUCAUUGAUGGUACCCCCUGUGACCAGAAUGGUACGGCCAUCUGCGUGUCCGGGCAGUGCAAGAGCAUUGGCUGUGAUGACUACCUAGGCUCCGACAAAGUUGUGGACAAAUGCGGGGUGUGCGGAGGCGAUAACACAGGCUGCCAGGUCGUGUCGGGUGUGUUUAAGCACGCCCUCACCAGCCUGGGCUACCACCGAGUUGUGGAGAUUCCCCAAGGAGCCACAAAAAUCAACAUCACCGAGAUGCACAAGAGCAACAACUAUUUGGCCUUGCGAAGUCGUUCUGGCCGCUCCAUCAUCAAUGGGAACUGGGCAAUUGACCGGCCUGGAAAAUACGAGGGCGGAGGGACCAUGUUCACAUACAAGCGUCCAAAUGAGAUUUCGAGCACUGCUGGAGAGUCCUUUUUGGCCGAAGGUCCCACUAAUGAGAUCUUGGAUGUUUAUAUGAUACACCAGCAGCCUAACCCCGGAGUCCACUAUGAGUACGUGAUCAUGGGGAACAACGCCAUCAGCCCACAGGUGCCACCUCACAGGAGACCAGGGGAGCCCUUCAAUGGCCAGCUGGUACCAGAAGGGAGGAGCCAGCAGGAGGGAAAAGAGAAAGAGGGGGACCAGGAGAAGGCAGACGAGCGUGGCGGGGCACCUGAAAUGUUCACGUUGGAAUCAGCACAGACCUUCCCGGUCAGGCAGCCGGACAGAUUCUCUCUCCACCGGCCUGACAGUGUGGUGCCACCAGCUCCACAGCCCCCUCGGCCGAGCCGGGAUCACAACUGGAAGCAGCUGGGGACCACAGAGUGCUCGACAACCUGCGGGAAAGGAUCACAGUACCCUAUUUUUCGCUGUGUGCACAGAAACACUCACGAAGAGGUUCCUGAGAGCUACUGUGACUUGACCAUGAAGCCGACCCCCGAGGAGGAGCCCUGCAACAUCUUCCCUUGCCCAGCCUUCUGGGACAUCGGGGAGUGGUCCGAGUGCAGCAAGACCUGCGGCCUGGGCAUGCAGCACCGCCAGGUUCUGUGUCGCCAGGUGUACGCCAACCGCAGCCUGACGGUGCAGCCCUACCGCUGCCAGCACCUGGAGAAGCCCGAGACCACCAGCACCUGCCAGCUCAAGAUCUGCAGCGAGUGGCAGAUCCGGACGGACUGGACCUCGUGUUCGGUGCCUUGUGGAGUGGGACAGAGGACCCGGGACGUGAAGUGUGUGAGCAACAUCGGGGACGUGGUCGACGACGAGGAAUGCAACAUGAAGCUCCGGCCCAAUGACAUUGAGAACUGCGACAUGGGGCCCUGCGCCAAAAGCUGGUUCCUGACCGAGUGGAGCGAGCGGUGCUCGGCGGAGUGCGGGGCUGGAGUGCGGACACGCUCAGUGGUGUGCAUGACCAACCACGUCAGCAGCCUGCCCCUGGAGGGCUGUGGGAGCAACCGGCCAGCGGAGGCCACCCCGUGUGACAACGGGCCCUGCACGGGCAAGGUGGAGUGGUUUGCAGGCAGCUGGAGUCAGUGCUCCAUCGAGUGUGGGAGCGGGACCCAGCAGAGGGAGGUGAUCUGUGUUAGGAAGAACACAGACACUUUUGAAGUGCUGGACCCCUAUGAAUGUUCCUUUCUGGAGAAACCCCCCAGCCAGCAACCCUGCCACCUCAAGCCCUGUGGGGCCAAAUGGUUUCACACAGAAUGGAGCAUGUGUUCCAAGACCUGUCAGGGUGGCUUCCGCGUCCGGGAAGUCCGUUGUCUGGCAGAUGACAUGACCCUAAGUAAUCUCUGUGACCCUCAGUUGAAACCAGAAGAAAAAGAAUCUUGUAACCCUCAGGACUGUGUCCCUGAAGUUGAUGAAAACUGCAAGGACCGGUACUACAACUGCAACGUGGUGGUCCAGGCCAGGCUCUGCGUCUACAACUACUACAAGACCGCCUGCUGCGCCUCCUGCACACGCGUGGCCCACAGGCACUCGGGCUUCCCAGGGAGCAGAUAACAUCCCACUCCACAUCCGUGGGCAGGUCAGGGAGUCUGCGAGCGGUGGGACCGGCUGGCUGCUGCCUACUGGGGGCUCCCUGGCCUGUGGAGCUGCCAGUCAAGUUAGUCUGCACCCUGCCUUCGUAAAGUGUACACACGGUGCCCAAGAGCAAGGCCACGGUUGUCCUUUGAGCAUCACCAUGAACUGAUGACCCCUCCUCCAGAAGCCUGGCCCCUGCGCUCUCUGCAGACCAAGCGGUGGGGAGUGCCUUCAGCUCUCAGCUGACUCCGUCCUGGCACUUUCUAAGUCAGCAGCCAGGCCCUGUCUGGGCGCUGCCUCAUCCCUGGCGCUGCAGGUCUUUCCAAUAUCAGCACCCUAGGAAGAGUCAGAGGAGGCAGCACCCCCACCCCAGGGCCCCCCUAAGGCUUGCUAAGAUGCCUGCAUUCCUUUGUUACCUCAGCCCGGCUGUGCCUAUUUUCAUGCUCAAAGGCUGUUUUCCUGCCUUAUGACACAAAUAUCUCUUGCCAGUUUAGUGCUUUAUUGUUUGGAAGGUAUAGUCAGAGAUAUUAGCUCAUUAUGGCUCAUGGAGCCCCAGAAUGAGAGGCAGGGAAUGAAUCAUGGUCCCUAUUUUACUGACAAGAAAACAGACUCAGCUUAGGUAACUGACCUGCCAGGUAUGAGGUCACGGGCUGGCCCAUGUAGUCAGUCCCAACCCCUGUGGUCUGACCACAAAACCCUCACCCCGAGGCCUGGCUGGAAGUCUUAGGUCUGCAGAAUGUGGCUUCCUUUCAUACCAAGAGGCUCAGAAGUUUCCCAUUCAGCAAACAAAGCCCAGACCUUUGAAUUCUUUCCUCUGGCCCUGCACUCAUAUGUUUCAGGAGUCUCUUUCUUUUUUCCCUUCCCCCAAAAAUCACAGGUCCUGGUGACAGGACUCUGCAUAGGUUCUUGAACCCCAUCCUUAAUAGAACUAGCCCAUGAGAUAAGAAAGCCUUCGGGGUAGCAAGGUGAUUGUCUUAAAUUACUAUUCUCCCCAGUGGGACACACCACCCAUGGAAUCCUACAUCAAGGUCGCUUUUUUGUCACCCAGAGCAGAUUUCCAGCAUGCACAGCUCCAUAGCCCCCUGGGCUCUUGCCUCUUCCUCAGCCAUCUCUCCUGGGUCUUCACCACACAUCGCCCAGAGGAAAGUCUAACCAACCUAUCCCAGUAAGAAUCCUAUGUUUAUAUUAGAAAGAGUCUCCCUUGGGUCUUUCUGCUUUGAUUUGUGGAUUUCUCUUUGCCCUCUGCCCACUCCCCCCCACACACCUUGCCCCAUGACUCACAACCCAUAUCUCCCCUCCAAGGUAUGAACACUAAGAUCUUUAUUAAUGCAACCAGCCUAGGAAAAGGGGCUGUGAACUCCUCCACAAUGACCACAGCAGUAGGGUCCUUCUUGAUUCACUUCACAUAACUCUGUAGUUCCCAAGGCCUCAAGCUGGAAAGAGAAUGCAGUGCAUAUGGAAGAUGAGCCAUCUGAAAAAACUCAGUGAAGAAAAAGAAGGGGGGAAAUAUAUAUAUAUAUGUACAUUCUUAUACCCACUAAGAAAAAUAAUCAGGCUGAACAAAUUGAAAGCAUAAAGAAAAUUUGUCUUAUUUAGUACUAUGGUCCUGGGACUAUUUCCCAUUCAAAGCAAGUGUUUGCUUUGAAAUUUAUAGCAACUGAGUUUCUCCCACGAGCCCUUUAACCCAAAAAUCUGCUAAUUUGAUGAUGAUGUGCUUUUGGAAGCAGUAUUACAAGCUCAGUCUGACACACUCCAUCAUGCUCCCAUUACCCUUGGGCUUUCAGAAAUUCUAUUUGGCCUUACUAUAAGUGUCCUUCUCUUUCUGGAAAGCCCCAGUCACCAUUUUCCAAAAGUACACCCAUCUCUCCUGAUCCUUAUAUAACUUGUGCAAUAAGCAACAGAGCAGAGGCCCAGAUUCCUGUGCCCACCAAUCAAAAGCAGACCAGAGAGGCCAAGCACAUGGCUGGUUCCUAGCCAGCAUUCACUCUCUCUGUUUCAUCACUUGCUUUUGCUUCUUAUCCCAGGGGAGGGUACCCUUUUUGCAGCUGUGCUCUGAUCUUCCUGAACAAGCCAGUCCUUUGGAGGAUUCCUUGGAGGAGGCUUUCUUUACAUGCUGGAGGGCAGAGCAAGAUCAAUGGGUGGAAGAGCAGAAAGGCUGAUUUCAGCUUAAAUGAAGGGAAAACCCAGGUUUCCCAACACAGCAGAGGUAUGGCUGCCAUAUGAGUGAGUUCACCAGCCUAAAAGAGCUUUCUCCACCAAGUGGGAGGUGAACAUCCCAGGUCCUUCCAAAAUAAAGUCCCACCUUUGGAUUUCAAAACAAAAUCAAAACUAUAGAAGUACAAUGUGGGGAGCAGUUAAGAGUUUCAAUUGGCUGAGCUCAAUGUGGGUCAAGAAAGUGGGAUGAAACUACCGCCCCCCCAAAAAAAUACACACAAAAAUACCCAAAACAAACAAAAAGCCACAGAGCAUUCAGGCAUAAGGAGAAAACAUUUGGUGAACCCUAUUUGUGAUUGCUGUAAACUUUAAGAAGAAUACUGAUAACAUAUAACAUUCAGAUGAGCAUGCCUGAUCCUGCGGAGGGGUGCAGACUGAGAAGCAGUGCAAGGAGUUCAUGAGGAGAGAUUUGGGAAGCGCCAGGGGAGCCAUCCUGGGAGGUGAACGUUGCAGGGAGGAAGAUUUUAGCUCUUGCAGGAGAACCUCCUUUCUGCGCAUGAGCAACUUCAGAAGGUUGAGGGCUCCAUGGUAGCUACUGCUGACUGACCCAUUCCUGGAGGUCUCAGCAGAGUCUUAAUGGCCCUCUGUCAUGGAUGCUGAAGGGGGUGGGAGGGAUCCGAGCACCUAGCUGGGGCAACAGGACUUUUAAGAUUCCUUCCAGUCUGGACUUUGGUGACUCUGUAAGUAGAACAGCUUCAAGUGAUUCACCUGGUCUGGGAUGGCAAGUACACAGCACAUGUACUUUCUGUUGCUGACUACCAUUCUCAUCCCAGUGUUGCACUCCUCCCAAGAGCUGAAUGUGACCUCAGAGAACCACUAGCCAAUUGAUCAGAGCUGCCCUAUCUGGUCCUGCUUUGAGAAUGAGUAAUCAAACAUCCUGAUAGCUAGUUCCCUGCCUGGGGUCACACACCUUGAUGGAGGAAGUGCCUCGACUAGACAAGAAAGUGAAGUGAAAGUGAAGUCGCUCAGUCGUGUCCGACUCUUAGCGACCCCAUAGACUGUAGCCUACCAGGCUCCUCUGUCCAUGGGAUUUUCCAGACAAUAGUACUGGAGUGGAUUGCCAUUUCCUUCUCCAGGGGAUCUUCCCGACCCAGGGCUCGAACCCGGGUCUUCCUCAUUGUAGACAGACGCUUUACCGUCUGAGCCACCAGGGAGGACCCUCUAAAUACCAUCUCCGUCUCAAUUCAUUUUGCUUUCCUGCAUCUUUGCUGGAGGUACAUCAUUCUCUCCACCCUGCACCACACUCCUGGUUCUUUCUCUUCAGUGGCUGACAGUGGGAGACAACCGUCGUGCCGAGGAAAAGUGACCCCAUGGGGUGGGACCCUCCAGACGGCUUUCUCAGCGUCUUCCAGACGUUGAGCCCUUUGCUUCGGUGAGAAGAAAGCCGUUCUGUUACAUAAACUUGAUUUCCACCUGCCUUGACCCCCAGACCCCCACCAUUCAGUUUGACGGAAGGAUAUACUUUGUUAUAACUUAUUAUUUUGUUCUUUGUAAAUACAAGAUGUUUAUAGGAAAUGUGUAUUCUGAACUCGACCCGCGGAAUGAGUCACUACACCAAAAUAGUUCUAUUAUUUAGAAUAUGUUAAUUUUAAAGGGACCUAAUAGGUAUUUAUUUACAUAUUCGAUCCACAUUUAUGUAAAAUUAUUUGAUCCUACUAACCCAGCUUCCCCAGAAAGUUGCUGCACAUGGCAUCUUAUUCUAAGUCCAUGGUUACACUUAAGUAUACUGAUUAGCCAAGUUCCUUGGGUUUUAAGAUGAAAUAGAAAUUACUCUAUUUUUUGACUCAUUCAGGGUUUUUUUACCCCUGGGAUUGUACCUGAAAACAGGUCUGUCUGGAUUGCCACCUUUCCACCUUAAAUAUCAUAUUUGCUCAUAUAAUCUGCCCUCUCCUCACCCUCAAAUAUUUGGAGAAGGAAAUAUGGGGGUCUUUUCCAACCCUUCUCUUUGUCUUGCCUCAUUCUUCAGAAUCACCAGCAGUUAGUGGCUCAGGGGGCUGACUUGGAGCUGGGAAGGGGGCAGGGUCCCCUGGCAGGGGCAAGGAGGGGUAUAUAGGACCUGAUGCACUCACUGCUCUGACCACACCUCCAGGGUUCCUGCUGGUGACUGCUGAGGGGGGCUCUGGGUGGUCAACUCCACAGCCAGGAGCAUGGAACCCACAGAAUACUCCAACAACCCCAUGUCACCCUUGGGUGUCAAUUAUUGCAUAAAGAGGUGGCGGGUAGAAGGCAAAUUAUAUGAGUAAAUAGUCUGCUUUCUCUUCAGCAAAAAUGACAACUAUUUUUGUGUAUGACUAAUUUAUUUUUAUUAUUGUAAAAAUACAAUAAACUGGUGUUAAAAAUCA